AGUAUGUUCAGUCGUGUUCGUCCAUUCGUCGUGAUGCCGCGGUGGUUUCAGGGUCCACGCUGCACCAAUCUUGUCCGAUUGGACGGUCAAGUAGCAGUUAUCACGGGGGCUAAUACUGGAAUCGGUAAAGAAACUGCCCGCGAACUCAGUCGAAGAGGUGCUCAAGUCGUCAUAGCUUGCAGGGAUAUUGAGAAGGCCGAAGAUGCCGCCAGAGAGAUCUCAUCGGAAACAAAAAAUGCCGUAACAACAGUGAAGCUAGACUUGGCAUCCCUGAAUUCCAUUCGGAUGGCAGCUCAAAGCUUGAAAAUACAGCAACCCAAAAUCCAUCUUCUUAUCAACAAUGCGGGAAUAAUGGUGUGUCCUCAAUGGAAGACGGAGGACGAUUUCGAAAUGCAACUGGGCGUAAAUCAUUUGGGCCAUUUCUUAUGGACUCUCAUGCUACUCGACAACGUUAAAGAGGCUGCUCCAUCUCGAAUUAUCAAUGUGUCUUCAAUUGCUCAUACAAGAGGACGAAUGGACUUCGAUGACAUCAUGAUGGAGAAAAAUUACGAACCUACGCGCGCAUAUUGUCGAAGUAAAUUAGCCAACAUCCUUUUCACCAAAGAAUUGGCUGAUCGUCUUAGAGGUACCGGAGUUACUUGCUAUUCGCUUCAUCCUGGAGUUGUUCAGACAGAGUUAGGGCGACAUCUGCGGGUGACUACCAAUCGUUUGAUAGAUGACCUGUUUCAUUGGUUUGGACGAUACUUUUUUAAAACGGCUGAAAUGGGCGCCCAAACGAGUAUUUACUGCGCUACAGAACCAUCGCUUUCCAAUAAGACCGGCCUUUAUUACAGUGAUUGUGCUGAAGUGAGACCAUCAAGGCAAGCCGAAAACAAAGAGUCUGCACGUCGUCUGUGGGAAAUCAGUGAGCAGUUAGUGAACUUCAGUUACACCACGGAAUAAUUUGUCUCGCCACACCAAAAAACAAAGAGCCUGCACGUCGUCUGCAGGAAAUCAGCGAGCAGUUAGUAAUUUUCAACUCAGAUUAAUUUUCCUCAUCACACUGUAUGACGUUUAAAUAGGUAAAUUGAACUCUCGUAA